GCUGAUCUGCAAAACCACUUAGGAACCUGAACACAUGAAAAAGAAAUAAGGCUAAAAGUGUGUGUGUUUGAGAGAGGGAAGGGGCUGAUAAAGUUUCUGGCUACAAUACAGGAGACAUAUCGUUACCAUAUGAUCUACUGUGGGUGUUAGCCCGCCUGGAUUGUGUUCAUUGAGAGAAAUCUUACUUUUUAAAAACUGUGCUGUGGAAUAGAAGCAGCAGGAGGGUUUACCACCGAGGGACAGUCCCGGAGCAGUCAGCUACCCCUCCUCUUUUCCACACCUGCACAGUUCUUCUGUCUGGCUUGAUGCUUCUAGUUUAAUUGCAUCUUAGCUCUGAGAGUGCCUGUUGCAAAUCCCUGGAUUAAAAGAAUUACCAUUGCUUCCUUGAAUAGAUGAACUGAACCAUGAAAGUGGCCAUCUUCUUCCUGCUACUCCUGCCUUUGUGCUUGGCCAAGCCAUUCCAUCAGAAAGGCUUAUUUGACUUUAUGCUUGAAGAUGAGCCAGGUUCAGGAACCCCUGAACCUACAGUACCUACAGGAUAUCCUCCAAUGUCAGUAUGUCCAUUUGGUUGUCAAUGCUAUCUUCGAGUUGUGCAAUGUUCUGAUUUGGGUCUGACUAAAGUUCCAAGGGAUCUUCCCUCAGAUACUACCCUCCUGGACCUGCAAAACAACAAAAUCACUGAAAUAAAGGAUGGAGAUUUCAAAAAUCUGAAGAAUCUUCAUGCAUUGAUCCUUGUGAACAACAAAAUCAGCAAAAUCAGUCCAGGAGCUUUUGCUCCACUGAAGAAACUGGAGAGGCUUUAUCUUUCCAAGAACAACCUAAAGGAACUUCCAGAGAAUAUGCCCAAAAGCUUACAGGAGCUCCGGGCACAUGAAAACGAAAUCACAAAACUAAGGAAAGUUGUCUUCAGUGGACUGAACAAUAUGAUUGUUGUAGAACUGGGCACCAACCCAUUAAAAAGCUCAGGUAUAGAAAAUGGAGCCUUUCAAGGAAUGAAGAAACUCUCUUAUAUCCGUAUUUCAGAUACUAAUAUAACUAGUAUCCCUAAAGGUCUUCCCACAUCACUGACAGAACUUCAUCUUGAUGGGAACAAAAUCAACAAACUGGAUGCAGAUAGUCUAAAUGGACUCGUCCAUUUGGCUAAGCUUGGUCUCAGUCAUAACAACAUUGCUAGUGUUGAUAAUGGCUCUUUAGCUAAUACACCACUUUUGAGAGAGCUUCAUUUGAACAACAAUGAACUUUCCAAAGUACCUUCUGGAUUGGGAGAGCACAAGUACAUACAGGUGGUCUACCUUCACAACAACAAAAUUGCUGCCGUUGGCCCUAAUGAUUUUUGUCCUCCUGGAUACAACACCAAGAAGGCUUCCUAUUCAGGAGUGAGCCUGUUCAGUAACCCUGUGCAGUACUGGGAAAUCCAGCCGUCCUCCUUCCGCUGUAUCUAUGAACGAUCUGUAAUACAACUUGGAAAUUACAAAUAGAUACACAGAUACAUUUCUGCCAUCAAUACCACUUUUCUGUUAAAAUUGUUCCUAAACAUUAAAACUAAAUACUGGAAACUUAAUUGCAGAGUGGAUAUAUGUAAACAGCCAAACAGAUCAUUCCAAAAGAAAUUGCUGAAUUUAUGUAAUUUUCAUUUCAUUGCCAGUAUGUGGUAUAUUUCUCUGGUAUCUCUCAAUUAGCUGAGCACAACAGAUUACAGUACUUCACUGUGCAUGAGAUUUGGGGUAAAUAUUUGUCAAGCUUUUAAUAAUUAGAAAUUAUAUAGAUUGUAUUCUUUGCUUCAAAGCCAAACAAAGAAAUUACUUGGGGUGGGGUGGGGGGAGAAAUGAAACAUUUAAUGUGUGUAUAUUUUUUAUUGUUGGAGGAAAAUCUUCAACUGAAGAGUUUACCAAACCCCAUCAAUCUAAAUACUGCCUACUACCUGUUUAAAGCCUGUGUAGGCAUUAAUGUAUCUUAUAUAUAUAUAUCAUAAGCAAUAUAAAAUGUUGCUCUUGUUGUAUCUUGGUUAAAAUUAAUCUCUUAAUAUAUGCACAUUUCCUCUUUGAAAUAUGUUUAUGCCUUCUCAAAUAAUUCCCAUGUAGAAAUAAGAAAACAUUCUACACAGGAACCCCAUAUUAGUAUAGUGUCUGUGGCUGCUGCCAUUUCUAGAUUAUAACUGAUGAUUUCUAGAUAAGCAAUGCCUUUUCCUUUCUUGUACAAACCCUUUUGUUGGCUAUAACCCAUCAUGCAAUGUUUCUACACAGUUCGUUGGUGUUAGAUGAAGUGGACUGCAAUCCUCAAAAGUUUUUGCAAAAUAAAAUUUGUCAGUCUUUAAAACGCCAGAAGAAUCUUUGCUGAGCUUGCAGUAAUGUCCUAAUAUAGCUGGCAUCCCAUCCUCAAAAUUACUGAAUAUACAAUAACCAGUGUAAUGGCAGACAUGUGUAAAUUAAACUGGAGUUAACCCACAACCUUAAUUGAGUGUUCUCAAAUACAGCACUGCACAUUAUUGUAACCACAUUAGAAUUUAAAUAUCUUUAAAUAUGAUGUAGAGAGAUACACAGAUUACCAGUGUUAUCAUAUCUAGAACUAUAUUUAGGAAAAGGAACAUCAGCAGGCUAGAACUAGAAAAGCUCAUUUAGAAGUCUCUUCUCAGCGAAAAGUCCUCUGAAAACAAACCUUCUGUAUACCUAUCUCUGCUACUGGCUUUAGUAUCACAACAGGGCUGUACAUUUCUGGAAUAACUGUCUUCAAAUUUACCAGUAUUUUUUCCACAUAUCACUUUACAGAGAAUUUUUGAUACCUCUAAACUGUCCAAAAAUACAAAAUUUCCAAUGUAUGUAUGUUUUUAUAUUAAAUGGUACUGGCAAACUC